AUGAGAGCCGCGUUCCAUGAUUGUUUUCCUGGAUCCUGCGAUGGCUCCCUGAUUCUGGCCAAUGAAUGCCUUGACAGGGAAGAGAACACUCAAAUUCAGCCAAUUUGCGAGAUUCUGGGCCAGAAGGCCGUUGAAUACAAGGUCAGCACGGCAGACAUGAUCCAAGCAGCAGCAGCAUUCGGUGUCGCUGCCUGCGGAGGGCCAAAGACCUACUUCUUGGUCGGGCGAAAAGACUCCAACUCACCCAACGCCGAGGGUCAGUUGCCCACACAAGACUCGGAUGCCGCUACUCAGAUCAAAGCCUUCAAGAAGAAGGGAUUCUCUUCAACGGAUCUGGUAGCUCUCGUGGGUGCUCACAGUGCUGGCAUGAGCUUACAGGAGUUAUCCUUCGACUCCACACCCGACAAGCUCGAUAGCACUGUCUUCUACCCGGAAACGGUUCAAGAGACUUCGCCGACUUCGCUAGGCAGCGACUUUGCCCUCAGCAACGCGACUGAAACCAAGAACAUUUGGAAAGGAUUCGGAGCAAGCCAAACGAGAUGGAACUCUGCGUUCAAACUAGCCAUGGGGAAAAUGAGCAUCAUGGGGAACGACCUGGGAAAACUGACAGACUGCUCCAAGUUGGUCUGA